AUGCCUAACAUCAUCCUCAUCCUUCGCGGCGUCCAGGCCCUUCUGGCCGUUGUUACUCUGGGGCUGAUCGCAUACUGUAUGUACCUCCCUAGCUACUUUUCUAGAUCAACCACAUAUAACUAUCCAUACGCAAUACUAACUCAUCGAACAUUAGUUAUUAACUGGGUCCGCGAAAGACUUAUAUUCGGAGGCCUCGACAGUGCCAACUUCUUACUUUUCGACAGCAUCUGGACACUCUUUAUCGCCCUACCGUUCAUUGUUUUCUCACCCAAAUUCUUCCCGGCGCUCGCUCACCAGUAUGCGCUUCUCGGUGUUGAGGCAGCCACCGUUCUCUUCUGGUUCUCUGCUUUCAUUUCCCUGGCUGUCGAUACCAGUAAUAUUGGACAGUGUACUGUAUGCAGUGUUGUCAAGGCUGCUAUAGCUUUUGGUGCUUUCGAAUGGUGGGUGAUUUCCCUUUAG